AUGUUUGAAUCAUUAGUUGCUAACCUCUUAAAUCGAUUCCUUGGAUCUUAUAUUGAAAAUUUCGAUCCUAAACAAUUAAACAUUGGGAUUUGGAGUGGAGAUGUUAAACUUAAGAAUUUAAGAUUGAAGAAAGAAUCUUUAGAUAAAUUUAAAUUACCUAUUGAUGUUAAAUUUGGUCAUCUUGGUGAAUUAACGUUACAAAUCCCUUGGUCUAAUCUUAAAGGGAAACCUGUUAGAAUCAUAAUUGAAGAUGUAUACUUAUUAGCUUCUCCUAUUAUAUUACAAGAUUAUGAUGAAGAAGAAGAUAAAAAGAGAGAAUUGAAUUUAAAAUUUGAUAAAUUAGAUAAUUUAGAAACUAUCGAUCAAGCAACCAAACAAAAUCAAUCCAUUGCCAAUGAUACCGCUGCUAAUGAAACUUUUACAGAAUCUUUAAUAACGAAAAUUAUCGAUAAUUUACAAAUCACCAUUAAAAAUAUUCAUAUUCGUUAUGAAGAUGAUUCAAUCUUAACUGAAGUACCAUAUUCGAUUGGUUUAACUCUUAAUGAAUUAUCAGCUGUAUCAACUGAUGAAUCCUGGGUACCUAGUUUUAUAUCCAUAACUCAAGCCUUAACCAGAAAACUUUUAACAUUACAAAAUUUAAGUUGUUAUAUGAAUACAGAUUCAACCACCAUAUAUACUGAAGAUUAUGAUGAUUUAUUAAAUAAAUUCAAAUUAUCCCUUGAUGAUAAUGCAAGUCAAGCCUUACAUUUACAAUACUUAUUAAAACCAGUAUCUGGAAAUGGGAAGAUAACGAUUCAUAAAGCAGGUACUACUGAAAAUUUCCCUCAUAUUAAAGCUGAAUUAUUCUUUAAAGAAUUUGGAUUGGAAUUGGAUUCUCAACAAUAUCGUGAUUUAUUAUGGACGGCAUCUAAAUUCCAUUGGUUUAUAAAGACUUAUAAAUUUAGAAAAUUAAGACCAAAAAUAAGUAUACAAGAAAAUCCUCGUCAAUGGUUUAAAUUCGCUGCUGAAUCCGUAUUAAAUGAGAUUCAUGAUCGGAAUUAUAAAUGGACUUGGGAAUCAUUCGCUAAAAGAAGAGAUCAAAGAAAAGCUUAUAUCAAAUUAUAUAAAUUGAAACUUCUUAAUACCAUCAAAGAUGAUCAAAAAACUGAAUUGCAUGACUUGGAAGUGGAAUUACCUUUCGAAGAUAUUAAAUUUUAUAGAUCAUUAACGAAACAAGAAAUAAGAAAGGAAAAGAGUUUCUUACCUACCAUACUCGCCAGUAGUACCAGUCAACAACCAGCUGCAACCGAUGCUACUUAUGUGGGAUGGGUUUCAAAUUGGUGGAGUGGAUCAUCAGCAACUGCAACGCAACCUGAUCCUAAGGCCUUAGCUGAAGAUGCAUCUGAGAAAGAUCCUGAACAAUUGGAUUUAUCAUUAUCGGAGGAACAAAAGAAGGCAUUGUAUGAUGCCAUUGGAUAUGAUGAAAAUCAAGAAGUUGCCGAUGCCAUAGAUGUACCUCGUGAUAGAGUUAAAUUAGAAAUUUUAGCAUCAUUAGAAAAAGGUGGUAUAACCAUUAAAAACUCCAAGGAAUCAGGUAAUUUAGCUGAAGUUAUAUUCGAAGGUUGUACAGCUCAAGUCUAUCAACGUCCUGAUUCUUUUCUUUCUUGUUUCCAAUUACAAGAAUUCAGAGUUGAAGAUGGUACCGGUACUACUUUAUAUAAACACAUUGUUAGUGUUAAACAAUUGCAUUCCCACUUACAUGAAAAUACGACCACUCAUGGUGAACAUGAUGAGAAAGAUGAUCCAUUCUUUCAAAUCUCAUUUGAAAAUAAUCCAUUGGAUGGUUCAGCUGAUUCAAUCUUAUUAGGUAAAUUAAAGUCAAUGACGAUUUUCUAUAAUGCUAUAUUUAUUGAAGAGAUUGCUCGUUUUUUCACACCACCAAAGGCUCAUCUUGAUACUGUUGGUGCCAUUAUGAAUGCCGCAGAGGCAACUAUGGAAGGAUUAACUAGUAGAACUAGAAUUGGUUUACAAUAUGCCUUGGAAGAACAUAAAACUGUAAAUGUUAAAUUGGAUUUACAAGCUCCCUUAAUUAUCUUACCUUUAGAACCAUCUAAUUUUAAAUCCCCAGUGGCAAUUUUAGAUGCGGGUCAUAUAAGUGUGGUAAGUGAUUUAGUUGAUAAAUCCAAGAUUGAAGAAAUCAAAGCUAAAGAAACUUAUACUGAUGAAGAUUGGGAACAAUUAAAUACUUUGAUGUAUGAUAAAUUUAGUCUUCAUUUACAAGAUGCUCAAUUCUUGGUUGGGUCGAAUAUAAAGAAUACCAUGGAGCAAUUACAUAAUGAAGAAUCAGAGAGAGCAGCCUUAAUGUUAGAUAAAUUGAAUAUUAAGUUGUUAUUAGGAAUUUCAAUCUUACCUGAUGCAUAUAAUUUAGCUAAGAUUAAAAUUGGUGGGGAAGUACCCCAAAUUAAUCUUGCUAUUAACGAUUUCCAAUAUAAAACGAUAAUGAAAAUUAUCGAAAUUGCUAUUCCUAAUUUUGAACCUGCUGAUUCUGAGGUAUCCAGUUUAUUUAAUGCAUUUGGAGAAGCCGCUGUGAAUGAUCAAAUUGAAGAACUUGAUAACAAUUCAAGCUCUGAUGAUACUAUUGUCAACGCAUCUGAUCUGAGUCUUAAAAAAGUAGAGGAAGUAAAAGAUACAAAACAAUUAGAAUUAAUUAAGAAUCAACAUAUGUUUGAAUUUGAUUUCAAUGUUGGUAUAGUUCACAUUUCCUUGUCAAGAUGUAUCGAUGCUCAUACAUUACGUGCUGAAGCAUUAAUUGAUCUUGUGGGGGAGAAUUUAAAUUUGAACUUUUAUCGUACUGUUAACGAUAUGCAUCUUGAUUUAACCUUGGCUGAUAUUAAUUUAAUUGAUCAUAUUGAAAAAUCUGGAAUUCCAGAAUUUGAGAAAUUAAUAUCGUCUAAUGAUCUUGGUGAUUCAUCGCCAGAUACAACAGAUAAGGAAUUGUUCAAACUUGAUUAUCUGAGAAAUCUUAGAAUAGUUGAAUUUAACGGUAAAGAAAUUGAAGUAUUCGAUCAAGAUAUAAAGAUGGAUAUUGCUACUGUGAAAUUGGUAAUAACGAGAAAGUCAUUAUUAAGUAUUUUAAAUUUCGUGUUGAAUACUUUUACAGAUCCAAAUGCGUUAGCAACCCCAGCUGAUGAGUUAAAGCACAAUGAUUCUACAGAUGAUGAAGUUGCUCCUCAGAAGAUUAACGUUGAUAUAAAUUUGGAUCGUAUUAUUAUGGUAUUAAAUGAAGAUGGUAUAAAGCUUGCUACAAUUCAGUUAAGUACCGCUAACAUCAACGUAUUUCUUGUUCCUGAAUCAAUGGAAGUCACUGGUAAAUUAGGUGCUCUUACUUUACGCGAUGAACUGAAUCAUGGAACAGGUGAUGAAUCUUUAAGAAAUCUAAUCAGUAUGGAUGGUGAUAAUUUAGCUGAAUUUACUUAUAAAACAUUUGACCGUGAAACAAACAUUAAUGUAUAUAAUUCACUAGUUGAAUUCAAAACUGGUGCCCUUUCCAUUACAUUUGUUGAACAUUCAUUUAAUAGAGUUUUAUCAUUUUUAAGUCAAUUCCUUAAAAUGAAAGCGAUUUAUGAUAGAGCCAGAGAUGCGGCUAUUAACCAAGCAAAUCAAAUUGAUGAUGCCAAUAAAAUAAAGUUUGAUCUUCUUAUCAAUGCACCAACGAUUAUUUUCCCAACCUUGAUUGAAACUCCAGAAUAUAAAUUUAACAAGAUUAUUUCAAACUUGGGUGAAAUUUAUAUCUCUAACCAAUUUAAACAGGAUGGGACAUUAAUUAAAAACCUUGUAUCUGCUGGUAUUCAAAAAGUCUGUCUUUCUUCGGAGUUUUACUUUGAAGAUGAUAUUUGUCAAGUUGCAGAAAUAGUUAAUAACUUGGACAUUUCAUUCAAAAUUGAUUAUUCUGAAGAGUAUGUACCAGGUGUGCCAACAUUCAAAAUUUUAGGUAAAAUGCCAGAGAUAGAAUUGAAUGUCACAGAACUUCAGCUUAGUUACUUGUUAAAGAUAUCCAGCUCAAUUACCAAUGCUUUUAGUAUUGUUGAUGAACCCGACGGUUUAGAAGAAAUUGAAGAAGAUGCCGAGAAUGCAAAUGCAGUAGUUAAACAUGAUACCAUACUUCUUCGAGGAAGACAAGCAUCUCUUAGUUUGACAAAGAAUCCAGAAACUAUAGAAAUACCGGAUGAGCAUAAACAAGUCCAAUUAUUAUUUCAAGCUCCAAGCUUUUCAUUAAAUAUAUAUAACAAGACAGCCAAGCUUGAAAACAUAGCUGUUGGUCGUCUUGGUGCUUUCAGUUUAAAGAAAAUUAGAUUCUACUUUGAUUUGAUGCAGAACACACAUUUCUCAUCAGAUCUUAAAGUGGAAUCCUUUACUAUAAGAGAUAUCAGAAAUGGUACGAAGAGUAAAUUCCCAGAAUUGGUUCCAAUGAUUGAUAACGGGGAAGAUCAAUUCUACCUAGGUGCUUCAUCUUAUGGACCUCCAGAUAAGAAGAAUAUAACAGUUAUGUUAACAAUAGAUAGUCCAAAGACAAUUUUGGUGCUUGAUUACCUUUUUGAGUUACUGGCUUUCUUCAGUGAUGCUUUCCAAACAGAGGAACCAGUUGUUAAUGGAGUAGAUAAAAAUUUAGAAGUUGAUAACAAAUCUCAUGAAAUAAGAAAUGACUUAGAUGCAAAAAUUGCACCCGAAGUUCAUCAGCCAAAUAUCGGGUACUCGAUAAAUGUUAAAAAUCCUUCCGUAAUUUUAUUGGCCGACGGUACAAAUGAAGCUACUGAGGCAAUUGUGUUUAAAGUGGAGCAGAUAUUAAUAACAAGUCAAAAUGUCUUAUCCUUAGCAGCAAACAAGAUCGGACUGUAUUUAACUGUCAUGAAUGAUUUUGAUAAUGCAAAAUAUAGAAUCAUUGAUGAUUUUUCAAUUUCAUUUGCUCAUGAUUCUCGAGGUUCUACUGCGACAGCAUUUUUGACAAGUAUUCAAGCUUCAAUAGAUCCCAUGUUGGUCAGAGUUUCAUUAAGAGAUAUUAGAUUGGCUCUUGCCAUUUUCAAUAAAGCUACCGAACUUUAUAGUUCUGCGCAAUCAGACUCAGUUGAAGACGGGGAGGAAAGCAAUGGAUUGACAUUAUCUGAUGAAUUCCAAAAGAAAUUAUCUCAAUACGUACCAAGUAUAACAUCAAUAGUUUCAGCUGAGGUAACCCAAAAGGAUUUGGAAUCCAAUAAACCAGUAGCUGUAGUGAAAGGGGAAGAGUUAAAUGUCAGCAUCGGUGGAAUGAGAUUUGUCUUAAUCGGGGAUGUCCACGAAUUGCCAGUCUUAGACAUGAAUAUUAAGCCUUUUGAAGUAAGAGCCAUUAAUUGGUCUACAGACUUAAGUGCUGAAGCUUACAUAGAGCAAUUUGUUAAUAUCUAUAACUACUCAUGUUCUGCUUGGGAACCACUCAUUGAGCCGUGGCCGAUUGCUAUUUAUGCUACAAAGAAAUUACUUCCUAAGGAAAGUUUGCUGAUAGAAAUAGUUUCCAGAGAGAUUGCAGAGGUUACAGUGACUUCUCGAUCAGUUGCAUUAUUAUCUCAGAUUAUGAGUUUAAUUUCUUCUGAAGAGACUCUUAAACCAAGAGGUCAAGAUAAUCCAUACAUUAUUAUUAAUGAAACCGGUUACGAUAUAGAGGUUUGGCCAGAUCAUGAUGAAGAAAGCAGAAAGGCAAAGAGCAUAAUCAAAUCUUAUGAAAAGUUACCGUGGGCUUUUGAGGAUUGGAGAAUAGUUAGAGAAAAUUUAGAUACAAAUAAUAAUAUUGGAGUUUUAGGAUUCAGAUUAUUAGGAUCGAAGUAUAAAGAUGUGAGAAAUAUUUCAGCAACUGAAGAAGGAGAAUAUUUAAUAAUUUUAUAUCCUCCAGUUAAUGGUGUUCAUAACAGAAUAUCAUGUGAAAUAGUCUUAGGAAACGACAAUGUGAAGUCUAUAUUUAUUAGAUCAACCGUCAAAAUUGAGAAUGAUUCUGAUGUUGCAAUUGCCGUCAGAAUGAUCGACCAAGCAUCUGGUGCUGAAAGAGAGCUUACAAUUGAAUCUAAAAAGUCACAGUCUAUUCCAAUCGAAUGUGUGUAUGCUAGUGCCUUAAAAGUUCGUCCAGCGAUUGUUACAUCGUAUGAAUGGUCCGACGGCUCGCUCUUUUGGAAGGACUUAUUACUGCAGGGUGUAUCUCUAAGAUGUGCCGCGAUGAGUGCACAUGAUAGAUCAUCUUAUUAUUUUCAAGCAGAAGCAGUAUACGAUAAUGAUGAACCUCUUGCAAAGAUAUAUCCUCAUAUGCACUUGAUUAUUUCAGCUCCGAUCGAAAUUGAAAAUUUAUUGCCAUUUGAUUUCAACUACCGAUUAUAUGAUAAAAAGUAUAAAAAGGAUUGGAGUGGACAUAUCAAGAAGGGUGUAAAGCGUUAUGUUCAUGUUGCUAGUUUGGACAGCUUAUUAUUACUUAGUGUUGAACCAGUCGAGUGUGGAUUUGGAAAAUCUGAAUUUGCGAUUAUUAAUGCUGAGAAAGAUGGUGUUUUUGGCAGAGAAGAUACAAUAGGUUUGAAGAGAAAUGAUGGACAAGAAUUAAAACUUAAAAUUUAUUAUCCUAGAAAAGGAUCAGGGAGUUCUAGUUUAAAGGUGGUAGUAUAUUCACCUUAUGUUAUUCUCAACCGUACUGGACAAAACGUCAUACUUAAUGUUUAUGGUAAUUUAACCCAUUCCAAUGGAAGAUCAGCCAGACUACCAAUAAUCCCAACAAUGUUUUCUUUUGACAAAAAUGAUAACCGAAGAAAUAGAGUCCAAAUAAAAGCAGGAGAUUCUACGUGGACUCAGCCAAUAAGUUUUGACGCUAUUGGUCAAUCAUCUGAAGCUAGAGCACAGAUAGUGGAUAGACAAUUGGAAAUGAAUAUCGGUAUUUCUAUAGCUGAAGGAGAAGGGAAAUAUAACUUAUCUAAGAUUGUUACACUUUCACCUAGGUAUGUUCUUAGAAAUAUGUUAGAUGAACCACUUCAGGUUGUUGAAAGUGGAUCCACAACUCAGCUUCAGAUAGAGCCUAAUGAAUUGGUUCCACUUUAUGCAUUGAGAAGAUUGGAUCAUAAAAAUAUAUUAUUGAAAUUUGCUCAUGGAUCCAAGACAUGGUCUUCCGCUUUUUGCAUAAACGAUGUUGGACAAUUAUUCGUGAAGGUUUUUAAAGAAGGUAUUGGUCAAAUUCUUCUUAAAGUAUAUAUCUUUAUGGAGAAUGCUACCAUAUUCAUUCAAAUUGAGAAUGGAAACAAUAGCUGGCCAUUUUCAAUACGUAACUCAAGUGAUGCAGACUUUUAUAUAUACCAAAGUGAUCCAAAUGUGAAUGAAAAGGGUGAAACAGUGAAAAGCGAUACCCCAUACAAACCAAUUUAUUAUAAAAUUCCUAGCAGAAGUGUUAUGCCAUAUGCCUACGAUUAUCCCAAUGCGAUCAUAAAAGAAUUAAUUUUGAGAGCUCACGGAAGAGAAAGAGUAGUUAACUUAGCCGAGAUUGGUAAUUUGAAGCCGUUCAGACUACCACCUGUUGAUAAUGCUGAACAAUGUAUAGUCGAUUUAAAUGUUGUUGCUGAUGGUCCUACUCAGUCACUUAUAAUCUCAAACUAUGAUGCCUCGGUUAGUAUCUAUAAAUUACCAGGUGAAAAGUCAGGUUCGAGUAUGAAUGUGUCUCAAAACUUUGAGACAAUAGAAAAAGAUGACAAUUACUUCAGAAAGAUAGUAACGAAAUUUGAAGGAAUAGGUAUUUCUUUAAUUAAUACAAGAUCGCAAGAGUUAUGCUACAUUACCUUAAGAGGCUUGGAAAUUCGAUAUAACGAAUCAGACUUGUAUCAAAAUCUUUCCUUAAAAUUGAAGUGGAUUCAAGUAGAUAAUCAAUUGUACGGCGGAAUAUUUCCAAUAGUUGUGUACCCAAGUGUUAUACCAAAAUCCGGAAAAGAAUUAACUAAUCAUCCUUCUUUGUCUGCUUCUAUAUGUAAGGUUAAGGAUGACUCACAUGGUGUAUUGUUUAUAAAAUAUGCAACAGUGCUUUUGCAAGAGAUGUCUAUUGAAAUAGAUGAAGAUUUCUUAUUUGCCUUAUUGGAGUUUGCCAAGUUCCCAGGAGCCAGUUGGAAUAAGUUGAAGGUUGAUAAAUUAUGUGAUGACGAUUUGAAAAUUCCAGAACCCAAGAGCUUCUCAAGUGGUGAAGAUAUUUAUUUUGAAGCCUUGCAUUUACAACCAACCGUUACAAAUAUUUCAUUUGUUCGUACUGAAAGAGUCAAUGCUGAAGAUAGAGGAUCCUCGGAAAAUACAUUGAUGUUCUUUUUUAAUGUCUUAACUAUGGCCAUCGGAAAUAUAAAUGAAGCACCAAUUCAACUUAAUUCACUUUUCAUUGAAAACCUUAGAGCCCCCUUCCCAGUCUUGGUUGAAUCGAUCCAAACACAUUAUGGACAAGAGUUUUUCUACAAAGUGCAUAACAUUUUAGGAUCUGCUGAUAUUUUGGGUAAUCCAGUGGGUUUAUUCAAAAAUUUGUCAUCUGGAGCAUUUGAUGCAUUCUAUGAACCUUUCCAUGGUUGGUCUAUGACAGAUAGACCACAAGAAUUGGGUAUAGAAUUUGCUAAAGGUGGUGCUAGUUUCUUGAAGAAAUCUGUGUUUGGUUUCUCAGACUCCAUAUCUAAAUUUACUGGAUCGAUAGCAAAAGGACUUACGGUCGUCACUAUGGAUAAAAAGUUCCAGGAAAGACGUCGUAACUUAAGAAAGAAUAAGCCAAAGCAUGCUUUAUAUGGAGUUGCCGCUGGAGCAAAUUCAUUCGUUGAAUCUAUAUCUUCAGGAAUUACUGGUAUAGCUACAGCACCAAUUGAAGGAGCUGUGUCGGGAGGAGUUGAAGGAUUCUUCAAAGGAUUAGGUAAGGGUGUUAUAGGGCUUCCGACCAAGACAGCCAUCGGGUUCUUUGAUUUGGCUUCAAACGUUACUGAAGGUAUCAAAAAUACUACUACCGUAUUUGAUACUGAUGCUUUAGAUAAAGUGAGAUUGUCAAGAUAUAUUUCACACGAUGGUAUUAUGCGCCCAUAUUCUCAACGUGAAGCUCAAGGUCAGUUCUGGUUGAAAAGCAUUGAUGGCGGUAUAUACUUGGAUGAAAUUUACUUGGCACAUUUAUUGCUUACGGGAGAAGAAAUGGCUGUAAUAGUAACAUAUAAGAUGAUAAUCUUGUUUGGUGUUAAUAAUCUUACUACCAAAUGGACUGUUAAAUAUGAUCAAAUUAAAGCUAUCUCCAAGGAAGGAACAGGUAUCAGUAUUGGCUUGAAGAGGAGAGAAGGGCCAUUCAUUCCAAUACCUGAAAAAGCUAAUAGAAAUUUCUUGUAUGAAAAGAUUGUUAUUGCAGUAGGGGAAUUUAACAAGCAUUGUCAAGUUUUCCUUUAG